AUGGUGGAAAAGAAAGUUGUGAUUAUAGGAGGUGGUGUUGCUGGUGCAAUCCUUGCCAAAACUAUACAACAUCAUGCUCAUGUCACUCUUAUUGAUCCGAAGGAAUAUUUUGAGAUUCCAUGGGCAAGUUUAAGGGCAAUGGUGGAGCCAUCGGUUGCAGAAAGGACAGUGAUAAACCAUAGAGAGUAUUUCACAAAAGGUGACCUUAUUAUAUCAAGUGCUAUCAACAUAUCUGAAUCUGAAGUCUUCACUGCAGAUGGCCGUAAAAUUUCCUAUGAUUAUCUUGUUAUUGCCACCGGUCACACUGAACCUAUCCCCAAAACAAGGACCGAAAGAAUAGACCAAUACAAAGGAGAAAAUACAAAGAUAAAAUCAGCACGUUCAGUUUUGAUUAUUGGAGGAGGUCCAACCGGCGUCGAGUUAGCAGCAGAAAUUGCUGUUGAUUUUCCUGACAAAAAAGUGACUAUAGUGCAUAAAGGAUCAAGGUUGCUGGAAUAUAUUGGGACAAAAGCUUCUAGAAAGACUUUAAAAUGGCUUAAAUCAAGGAAAAUUGAUGUGAAACUAGAACAAUCUGUUGACUUGGACUCUUUCACAAAUGAAAAUAGAACAUAUCAAACUUCACUUGGAGAAACUAUAGAAGCAGAUACACAUUUUUUAUGUAUAAGGAAACCACUUGGUUCAGAUUGGAUUCGUGAAAGCUUUUUGAAAAAUGAUUUGAAUGGUGAUGGAACAAUACAAGUUGAUGAAUACUUGAGAGUUAAGGGAAAGAACAAUGUUUUUGCAAUUGGUGAUAUUACAGAUGUUCAAGAAAUAAAACAAGGAGUGUUUGCACAAGGUCAUGCAAAACUAGUUGCCAAGAAUCUAAAGCUAUUGAUAGAAGGAGGAGGGAAAGAACCUAAACUUGGAACUUACAAGGCACAACCACCAAUGUCAAUUGUUUCACUUGGAAGAAAACAUGGUGUUGCACAGUUCCCUUUCAUGACAGUUGUUGGAAGGUUUCCUGGUAUGAUCAAAUCAGGAGAUUUGUUUGUUGGGAAAACAAGAAAGGAUUUAGGACUUGAACCUAAUAUUAAAAAAUCUUAA